GGACAGCAAGAUAGACUGGAGUUUGACAAGAGGGCUACGAGGUGUUCUGCUUGUUAUAUAAUGGAAACUCCUCCCCCUUUUGCAAAGCUUAUAAACAAACAGGAACCAAGAAAAGACCCCACUGCUGUUUCAUCUCUGGCUGAGACUAACCACUGCUCAAGGAGUUGCUAAUUUGUUCUUCACUGUAGAGAGUUACAGAAAAAGUUCACGAUGGCAUCCAUGGGAAAGGAGCUUCUAGGAUUGGCCCUGGCCAUCAUCGGAUUUCUUGGGGUCAUCAUCGUGUGCGCCCUGCCCAUGUGGAGAGUGACUGCCUUCAUCGGAGCCAACAUCGUGACAGCACAAAUCAUCUGGGAAGGCUUGUGGAUGAACUGCGUGACCCAGAGCACAGGGCAGAUGCAGUGCAAGAUCUAUGAUUCCAUGCUCGCCCUGCCCCAGGACCUGCAGGCCGCCCGCGCCCUGGUCGUCAUCUCCAUCAUCGUGUCCUUCUUCGCCAUCCUGCUGGCUGUGGUCGGCGGAAAAUGCACCAACUGUAUCGAGGAGGAAGCUUCAAAGGCAAAGGUAACCAUCGGCAGUGGCGUUGCCUUCAUCAUCGCUGGUGUCCUCUGCCUCAUCCCAGUCUGCUGGUCAGCUAAUACAAUCAUCCAGGAUUUCUACAACCCUUUGCUGACAGAAGCCCAGCGCAGAGAGCUGGGAGCCUCACUGUACAUUGGCUGGGGAGCUGCUGGUUUGCUGAUCCUAGGUGGUGGCCUGCUGUGUACCUCAUGCCCCCCGAAGGAAGACAAGGGCUACAAUGUUAAGUACUCCCAGCCAAGAUCGACGGCUGAUAGCAAGGCAUAUGUUUAAGAGUGGUGAUCAACGCUGGAAAUGGAAAUGACAACCAUCAAUCGCUUCAUUUUUGGCGUUUCCUUUGUCAUUCACGUUUUGUUUUUGUACCAAGUUAAAAACUAUUAAAGUAUGGACAAAUGGACAUUGCGUGGACUCAUAAGCCGAGUUCUGUAAAAUGGCAAAAAUAAGCGUUUUCCACAGUCGAAGGGACAAUUGUCACUGAAGAGUGAGAGAGUGAGAGACUUAACUGCAAAAGUCUGUUACAUGUACGGGGGCGUAGAUGUAAAAUAUAAUCCCUGACCUAUAUGUAUAUAGUAUACAUGUAUUUCUAUAGUACUGUGGCUUGUUAUAAAGAAAUGGUGGCUGCCUUUCUUAGAUUUCCACUAGAGACAAAAAUAGUACCGCUCGCUCCCUUAGAAUAUACGCAAAACCUUGAUCGGCUCCUUAAUGUAUGUAUGGCAUGCAAGUAAAUUGUAUUUUUGCUUAAAAAUCCAAGUGCGGGAAUGAAACAAAUCAGAUAUAUUUCCAAAGUUGUAGGCUUGAAUUACAAUAAAUAUUUUGAAAAUCA